UUAUCUCUGAAAAGAUCUGACUGAGCCCGUAAAGGAAACAUCUUCGGGUGUCAACGAGAAUCCGAAAAUGGUGAAGCUGGUUCAAGGGACUGAAGCUGAGGCUUCUUCCCAUCAACCAAAAAGGCGAGGUCGGGAGGCUAAAUUCACGCCUGCUGAAAGAAGAGCAAGGAAAAGAGCCUGUGACAAUAAGCGUUAUCAUAAAACACAGGCUACGCUGAGACAAAUCAAAUUUCUAAAGAAGACAAAUGCAAACUUGGCAUUUGAGAACAGGAGACUUAAAUCUAGGAUUGCUGCUGUGGCUCGAGUUGUAAGGGCAACUAAUGCAAAUCUUAAGCUCGUGAAGGACCGCUUGAUGAACAUGGAUAAUCGUAUUGAGAAGUUUCUUCGGGGAGAGCUUGAGGAGAAUGACUUGAUGAGCUUGGAAAUUCCUUUGGACAACGUUUAUCUUGGAGGAGAGGAUACGCUGAGAGAAAUUGGGGAAAUGAAAACUCAAUUGAAGGUUCUAGAGGAAGAAAUGCUAAAGCAAAUAGGGAAUGUGAAGGGAGACAUUGAGGUCGUGAAGAAUGACUUCAAGAAAAUGGAAAGUCUUCCUGAAAAGUUUCUUCAAAAAGAGCUCACAGACGAUGACUUGAUGAGCUUGGAAAUUCCUUUGGACAACGAUUUUCUUGGAGGAGAGGUAUGAUAAUGCACACUUUCAAUGUUUAUGAAUGGAAAUAAAUUAUCCGCACUAUA